GAUAAUUAGGCUCUUGCUAAUUUGAGCGACCUCCGACUCGCAAGCGUAUCGUCGAUUUCGUCCUUCCUAAUUGCCCGGAGCUCUUGCUAUACAGGUGUCAACAAUGAUCGCGGACCGUCUGGUCUACAACACCCAGCAGUAACGCCGUCCACAUGAUUAUCCACGUCAAUCAUUGCGCAGGGGAGAAUGAAGUACAACAACACCACGUCAUCAAUGGAAAAAAUGUGCAUUUCCUCUGUCACAAGUUGCAGCUUUCACUCACUUCGUCUUGGACCUCCCAUCUCCAUCCGCUGCAAAUCCAUCACACUUCUUCCUUGCUUUGACACUCAAUCACAAACUUAUCUUUUGUCUACGCGCCAUGAAGGACGAACAAAGCGGUCCCGGUGGUAUCUGGCGCCUGAAGCAGUCCGCAAACUUAAGGCACAUUACCGCUGAUGCGCAGCCAUCUGACAGCUUCCAUGAGCGCAUGGCUGAACAUGCCGCAUCAAUCAUGAAAGAACAGCUUCCCCUAGUUGAACUCGCUUUGUCAAUCUGGCGCACCGCCGCCACUCCAGCCGAUCCAGCUCCGGCAGGCCGCCGCCGUCGUAAUGCUCGCCCGAGAACCGAAGCGCAGUUGCAAAGAAUGCAACAGAAGGAAGCCUAUCUGGAGCGUAGGCGCGAGGCCAAAGUUGGCCGCGCAGAAGAGAACGCAAGAAAGCUGAGAUCCAAGCGCCAUGCGCAGAUCGCCAUCUUCUGUGGCACGACCACCUCGCUGGCACCGAGUGGCCCAGGCCAGGAAGUCUUCAUCGCCCAGGAUUUCCUAGGCAACCACCACUUCAAGAGAAGGGGACCAGGUGGCAGACUGAAGUUUGUCAACCGCGAAGGGAUUCGCUACAAGAACGCGUUCGGCCACGAGGAGGCCAAGAAGCAGGCGACCGACCGCUUUAUGCGGGCUCGCGCCCCGGAAAGAAUGGAGGAGCAAGGUUGGCUCAGCAAGGCCGAAGCAGAGAUGGCAGCCCACCACUCAGGAGCACGGGCCGCUGCUGCUGGCCCUGCUGGCCCAGUCGCAACAAAUGAGCAGAAGACGGCACGUCUGGCCGCUGAAGCCAUCUGUACCGCGUUCGAGGACGCCUACGACACCGAAGCAAGCCAAGCAGCCUUGUGCCAUGGGGCCAACCUCUUCAUGGCCCACCGCAACAGCUUCCCCAAUGGCUUCAACAGCGCAUACCUCGACCUGUUCCUGGCCACAUACGCCGAGGCCAUGACGUUCAAGCCCGAGCGCCGUCGCAACCUUGCCAAGACCGGCACCAUCGAGGCCGUUGACCACGACGACGACGAGAAGUACGGCCAGCGCGUCGUCACACUUGCUAACGUCGGCACUUUCCGCCGCCUUGCCCCCGUCGCCCACGCCGACGCUCUCCCUGACGUCCACGAUCCCCAACUCCGUUCGGAGUUUGGAGAGGUCUGGGGUGUCCUCCGCUUCGCAACCAACACUCCACGGGGUCUACUCUCUGAGACAGAAAUCCAAACCGGCAUUGCCCAGCAGCGUGCCUUUUCAAUCCCUUCUGACUUCAGCAACUGGGACACCUGCUGCAUCCCACGCGUCGGCGUUCGCGUCAAGGAUGAUGAGCUCGCAGACUGGGCCAUCCUCAAGCUCAGAAGAACACAGCGUCUACUCAACGAUCACAUGGAUGACGUUGUCGUCUUCUUCGUCUGGAAGGAGAUCUGCCGCGCUGCGGUCAGUCAAGACUAUGGCAAGAUGGAGGUCUUGCUUGUGGACGCCAAGAGCGUGAAAUAUGGAACCCAAUGAAUGCUUUGAGAGAAGAUGGCACAACAUCGGACUCCCA